UCACAUGCCUGGUGACACGUAAAAUAUAGAGGCAAAACUCAAAAGGUCUGUGGAAUCUUCUCGGGAAACAAACACGAGGAGCGAGCAUCACCUGCAAAUCAACUAAAGUUUCUUUUUCGUUUUUGGCGGGGGAAAACCUCUAAUCAAUUUGCAAGAAAGUAGGUAGUAGCGACAAUGGGAGCAUCAUCUUCGAUAGAGCAGAAUGUUACGAGAGAACAGCGAGAGGUGGAAAGUCUUGCUGCGUCCACCGGAGCAAUGCCAAUGCUUCAAAAUUCUUUUUCUAAGCUUGCCGAUCCUCAAAAAAAUGUUGUUCCUCUCCAGUCCCUUCAGCAAUGUUUCUUUUUAAAUUAUAAAAAUCCAGACUGUGAAGCAACCAAAAUGCCUGAUUCCUUUCUGGUAUUACUGGAUCAUCUGGGUUCAUCGAUAGUGGACCUACUUUUCAUCUCUGACAAAGGUGGUCUCAAUUGGAUCGAGUUUUUGAGAGGUUAUUUGAAAUUUUGCGGGAUGAUGCCUGCCUCAAUGGCCCUCAAUAACUUGUUGCGAGUAUUUGCCACAACCUAUGCAAAAGCUGGACUUCCUUUGAAACUGGAGUUCGAAUCCAACGACGACGAUUGUAAGAUUAGUGGGUCUCUUCUUGCUACCGAUGUUCUUAUGCUUCUCUGGAUGUGUUGGACUAUGUUAUGGGAUUCCAAAACUUCAAGAUUUAUCAAAGGAAAAGAAAAUCUAUGCCUCCCUGAUAUUAGUCACUUGAUAUUGUCAGCAGUUAUGUCUUGUGCCGAAGUUGACAGUAGCUUGGAUGUAUGGGAUUGUGACAUAUCAGUCUUGGACGUUCAACUUCCCGUUGGGAAGUUUCUUACUUGGGCCUUGACAACUGUACCCAGCCUGACUGAUUGCUUCACACAUUUUAUCAAUAAGAGACUUCAAAAUUCAGUUUCUUCAGAGCACGAUAAGUUGGAACCUUCAACUUCAUCACAGGGAGCAACACCACCAAGAGAGCCAAGUGGUAAUCAUCUACUAACUUGUGGAAGAGCAUGGGCAAUUUCUCUUACUCUCUGGAGUGAAAUGAGUUCAGAAAUUUUGAAACCAUACUUACCCAGCGAUGGUGAUGGAACGUAUGAAAAUCUUCUUUACCGGUUAUCUCUUCACGGGAGGGGAUUGAACAGAUUCUGGUCUAACAUUGAAGGUUAUCAUGGUCCGCUGUUAUUUUUGGUUUCUGCUACUUCUGGCAAUGCCCACGAAGAUAAUACCAAUGUCAGAAAAUGGAUCAUAGGUGCACUUACACAGCAGGGUUUUGAAAAUAAGGAUAUGUUCUACGGAUCCUCUGGAAAACUAUAUGCUAUAUGUCCAAUCUUCCAUACGUUUUCACAUUCUGGUAAAGAUAAGAACUUCGUUUACAGCCAUUUGCAUCCUACUCGCCGAGCUUAUGAACCACAUCCUAAGCCUGUGGGAAUUGCAUUUGGAGGAACCAUUGGGAAUGAAAGAAUAUUUAUUGAUGAAGACUUUGCAAGAGUUACUGUUCGCCAUCAUGCAGUUGACAAAACUUACCAACCAGGUUCCAUUUUCCCAUCUCAGGGUUUUCUCCCUGUUGAAGCUUUGAUUUCAGAAGUUGAAGUUUGGGGAUUGGGCGGGAGGACGGCAAAGGAAGUCCAAGCUUCAUAUAAGAAGAGAGAGGAUCUUUUCAUUGAACAAAGACGCAAGGUUGACUUAAAAACUUUUGCAAGCUGGGAAGAUUCCCCUGAGAAGAUGAUGAUGGAUAUGAUGUCUGACCCCAAUGCAGUAAGAAGGGAAGAUCGCUAAAUAAACUCGUGUGAGAUGGUUUUGCAAUUUGGUAGGUUUCAUGGUGGAAGAGAAAGGCCAGACUAGGCAAUUACUACUGUAUGUUCUUCUAGAAAAGAGUUAUGCCUAGUUACAUUUUAACCUUGUAAAAAUCCAGCUGUAAAUUUAAAAUAAUUGACAUUGAUCAAAUAUACCAGUUGAUUGGCAUGUGAAACAUAAAAUUCUGUUAUUUGUCUCGUAUUAAAGCCUAGUGUAGCACUUUUUCUGA